CCCCCACCAGUGAGUGAAAGUGCACCAAAAGGAACUGUGGUCACAGUUGUUACAGCGGCCGCCUUGAACCAGACAAUUGUAUAUUCAAUCGUUUCAGGAAACGAAGAGGAUGUGUUUGCUAUUAAUAACAGAACAGGCGUGAUCUCAGUUAAAAAGUCUCUGGAUUAUGAAAGUGUGAAAAGUUACGAGCUUCGAGUUCAAGCGGACUCCUUACAAGUGGUACGAUCCAAUCUGCGUGUCCCUUCCAAAAGUAAUACAGCCAAGGUAUUUAUUGAAGUGAAGGAUGAAAACGACCAUGUGCCUGUCUUUACCAAAAAAAUGUACAUUGGAGGAGUGUCCGAAGAUGCCAAAAUGUUUUCGUCUGUGCUUAAAGUUAAGGCUGAUGAUAAAGACACUGGGAAUUACAGUGCCAUGCAUUACAGACUCAUCAUUCCUCCAAUCAAGGAUGGUAAAGAAGGUUUUGUGAUUGAAGCUUACACAGGGCUAAUAAAAACUGCUAUGCUGUUCAAAAAUAUGAGAAGAUCCUAUUUCAAGUUUCAGGUCAUUGCAACUGACAAUUAUGGAAAAGGACUGAGCAGCAAAGCAGAAGUACUUGUCUCUGUGGUCAAUCAGUUGGAUAUGCAAGUCAUCGUCUCUAAUGUUCCUCCCACCCUUGUGGAACAAAACAAAGAUCAACUCAUAGGGAUUUUGGAACGCUACGUCCAAGAUCAGAUUCCCGGCGCAACAGUUGUGGUGGAAUCCAUAGGCGCGCGGAGGUUUGGAGAUGGAUACUCCGAAGAGGAUUACACCAAGUCUGACCUCAUGGUCUACGCAAUUGACCCGCAAACAAAUAGAGCUAUCAUGAGGAAUGAACUUUUUAAGUUCCUGGAUGGCAAACUGCUGGAUAUCAAUAAGGAGUUUCAACCGUACCUGGGGCAGGGGGGACGCAUCCUGGAGAUCCGCACCCCAGAUGUGGUGGCGAACGUCAAGAAGCAGGCACAAGCGGUUGGCUACACGGAAGGCGCGUUACUUGCUCUGGCCGUCAUAAUCAUCCUUUGCUGUAUGCCAGCUAUUUUAAUAGUUAUGGUCAGCUACAGGCAGCGACAGGCUGAAUGCGCAAAGACUGCGAGAAUCCAGAUGGCUUUGCCAGCAGGCAAACCAGCAAGCACAGCUGCCAAUAACCUCUAUGAAGAGCUUGGCGACAGCACCAUGCGAGGAUAUGCACAGCAAGAGCAACAGCAGUUGCUGAGACCUUCUCUUCUCAGACCAGAGGAGUUAAGUAUGGAGUCUGGAAUUGAUCCAGGGCAGGAAUACUACGGGCAAGAUUACUACAGUUAUGACCAUGGGUAUGAACUGCCUCAGUAUGGGAGCCGCCGCCGACUGCUGUCUCCUUCGGGGAUGUAUGAUGAGUAUGGGGAAGUCGUGGUGGAGAACGAUGGUGGCUACUACUAUAGUCCGCAUGGAUCGACAGCAGAAGAGUGGGCCAGAAAGAAAAGGAUCAAGUUGAUAGUUGACCCAGAGUAUGAGACCAGCUCCACUGGAGAAGACAGCGCUCCUGAUUCCAGCCAGAGGAAUCGUCUUAAUAACCCGAAUGUUCAAAACAACAUCAACGGUAACAUCUACAUUGCACAGAACGGCUCUGUUGUCAGAACCCGGCGCGUUUGCCUCGGUAAUAAUUUAAAAGUCACAUCUCCAGUGAGGCUGGGGAAACAGUUCAAGAAACUGGACAAGCUUGCAGUGACACACGAGGAGAAUGUCCCACUGAACACGUUGUCAAAGGGACCAUCUUCCAGUGAUAAGAUGAACACAAGACCUUGCAGUGUCUCAUUUGCUUCCUCUACUAUAGGGGCCGAAAAUGUAGUAACAAAGCCUGGGGGCUCCAAAAUGAAAAGCACAGAAAAGCAAGAAUCGGUUGUUGAUAAUGAGGAUGUCAAAGAGCCCUUGGAGUCGCACAGUGAACACACACAGUCAGAUGAAGAGGAGCUCUGGAUGGGUCCUUGGAACAACCUUCACAUACCAAUGACAAAACUGUGAUUUCUUUUUUUUUUUUUUUUUUAGUUUUUACUUCAGUUUAUAAUAAACUGCGCUUUUUAUUGUCACUGAGGAAAAUGUAUGAAAUUUGUAUUGUGCACAUAUGUUGUAUACUACAAACGACACGCUUUAAAGUUUAAAAACAAAAUUUGCACUCACAUUUGUACCAAUUAAUUGUCCUCCCCAACAACUCUUUUGACAGGCUCCCAUUUCACUAAACAAAAUACUUCAUUUAAAUUAAUUACGUUUUUUGGAUCUUGAUUUAUUGUUUAAUAAACAGUAAACUACUAAUAAAUGCACAGCAACAUCUGGUUAACUUUUCAGACAGUUCUAUACAUGCCUAGCUUGUUUUUCUGUAUGGUACUUGUGGCUAUACUGUUUAGAUUUGGAAAUUGUCUAUUUAUGUUCUAGAUUUAUAUCCAGAGCUCUUGGUUUUGAACUCAGAGUAAUAAAUUAAAAAUAAAUCCAUG